AUGUAUAAUCUGGCUCAAAAUCACCAGCCGAGGUUCCAGGGCACAUCAUACGGCGACUCUGGCUCUCAAGCUUCACAGGGAGAGCAACAAGGUCUGAAUUCGAUGCGUCAUGACUUUAUUCACUCGUCUUCAAAGCCAUACCCCACGGACGACGACGACGACUUUUUAUUCCAAAACCCGUCCAAUGACCAUCCCCAGCUUCCAUACUCAACGCUAACAUCAUCCUCCACCUAUGCUGGGCUAACUGGGAAACGGCAGUCGCAUAACAAUGAUUAUGAGUUGGAUACUCUAAAUGAUGGAGACUACGCCAAUCGUGGCUUAGGUCCUAAAGCUCCACUAAUCGCUUCAUACACCAACGAAUCCGCUGGUUCAUUUCCCCACGCACACCCUUACCACUACCAGGAGCCGCCUGAAAGCGAUCCUUUUGCAGACGACAUCGACUCCAGACCUUUACCGCGAGUACCAUUUCAAGACGACCUUUCGUCCAAACCACAACCGGCUCUCCCCGACCAAGAACCAAGCGAAAAAGACCGUAUUCGUCGCAACGAAAAGGCUCGGAUCCGCCAGUUGCGCAGUAGACCUCGGUUCCAUUAUAGCAGACUUCCUUACUUCACCAUCAUAGUGACACUCAUCCAGGUGAUAGUGUUCAUCGUUGAAUUGGCCAAGAUGUCGCACUUGACAGGGUCAGCAUUCCAGACGAAACCAUACUUCAAUCCAAUGUUGGGCCCUUCUACUUACCUCUUGAUCAAUAUGGGAGCCCGGUACGUUCCAUGCAUGCAAUCUUUAAGAGGAAUUACCACCGAUACCACCAUCCAAUUUCCUUGUCCCAACUCCACCUCUGUCGAUACCAACGUGUGCUCCUUGAGCGAGCUCUGUGGUCUCUCAGGAAUACCCAUAGAAUACAACCGCUAUGAACCAGACCAGUGGUACAGAAUCAUCACCCCAAUAUUUCUCCAUGCCGGUUUUUUGCAUAUCAUCUUCAACCUCUUGCUCCAGGUCACCAUGGGGGCAUCCAUAGAGCGCCAGAUCGGAGUCAUAAAGUUUGCUAUCAUAUACUUGAUGAGUGGAAUCGGCGGGUUUGUGUUGGGAGCCAAUUUUUCGCCUAAUGGAAUCGCAUCAACGGGCUGCUCAGGAGCGUUGUUCGGAAUAGUGGCUACCAACAUUAUCAUGUUCGUUUAUUGCGGCCGCAAGAAUACCAAUCUUUAUGGAACAAAACACUAUGUUUUGUUCAUAUUCAUCAUGCUCACAGAAAUCGUCGUUUCUUUCGUAUUGGGAUUGUUGCCUGGCCUCGACAACUUCAGUCACCUCGGAGGCUUUGCCAUGGGAUUACUCACCUCAAUUCUUCUUCUUCAAGAUCCAUUUUUCGUAUACGUUGAUGGCAUAAUAACGUAUUCUGGCCGAGAUUCAAUUUGGGACGAGUUCGUCAAUAACUGGAACCCAUUCUACAAUUGGGAAUCCAAGAUCCCUUCCAGAGUCUACAUGUGGUUUGGUGUUCGAGCCGUCUGCUUGGUAUUGGCUGUUUUGUACAUGGCGUUGUUGAUUGUCAAUUUCUUUGGAAAACCCGAACUCGACAACGACAAAAGUUGUGCUUGGUGCAAGUACUUCAACUGCAUACCUGUCAACGGCUGGUGUGAUAUGGGUGAAAUAUCAGUCCUGACUGCAAGUACUAGCAGCCAGCAACCUUCCUCAACCUCGUCCACCAACAACACUCCACUACCCACUGAAAUAGAUGGACCACAAAACCAAAAGAGAAGGCAAAGAAGAUACGAUUUCGAGGCGAAAUCGCCGAUAGAAAAUAAGAACACUUUUGAUACGUUAACUUUGGACUCGUAUAAAGGAUUUACGAGAGACGAAACAGCAUCCAGUGUCUCAGGUUUGGCCCUAGGUGCAAUUAUUGUACUUGUCACCUUCCACUACUUCAAAAAGUCGUACAGUAAGAAGAACUAA